UUGCCUGAUGUUUCCAAGGCGAAUGCCGCAGUCUAAAAUUUAGUUAGGAGUGCAGAGGGUCUGUUUAUGUAUGAUUAUUGCCUGUUUUAUCGACUGUUUAGGGUUAGUUAGGUCUAAACUGAUACCUGGCGCAAUAUGUUCAUCUAUUUGAGUAAAAAGAUUGCCAUUCCCAACAACACUAAGUUACGAUGCGUAUCCUGGAAUCACAACCAGGGCUACAUAGCUUGUGGAGGUGAUGGUGGACUUCUCAAAGUACUCAAGUUAGAAACACAAUCAGGAAAAGACAGCAAAGUACGUGGAUUGGCUGCACCAAGUAAUCUGUCCAUGAACCAAACUUUGGAAGGACAUAGCGGAUCGGUUCAAGUAACAACAUGGAAUUCUCACCAUCACAAGUUAACAACCAGUGAUCAAUAUGGUCUUAUUAUUGUUUGGAUGUUAUAUAAAGGUUCUUGGUAUGAAGAGAUGGUAAACAAUCGUAACAAGUCAGUCGUCAGGAGUAUGAGCUGGACUGCAGAUGGUUAUCGUAUCUGCAUCGUGUAUGAAGAUGGCGCUGUGAUUGUUGGUUCAGUGGAUGGCAACCGUAUCUGGGGAAAGGAUAUCAAAGGACAACAACUGGCCCAUGUGGCCUGGUCACCCGACAGCAAAUCGUUGCUCUUUGGAAUGUCAAAUGGAGAAAUUCAUAUCUACGAUCAUCAAGGAAAUUUCAUUAAUCGCCUUACGGUUUACUGUUUAACUAAUGUGACUGGAGCGCUUCACAUAGCAGGAAUUGACUGGUACGAUGGACAGCAUGGUUAUGUGGAGCCUAACUGCCCUUGCUUAGCGAUAUGCUUUGAUAAUGGAAGAGCUCAGAUCAUGAAGAAUGAGAAUGAUGAAAAUCCUGUGUUAAUUGAUACUGGAAUGACAGUCGUUGCCAUCCAGUGGAAUCAUGCUGGGUCAGCAUUAGCUGUCGCUGGUUCACAAAAGAGUGCGCAACAGGACAAAGACAUCAAUGUCGUUCAGUUCUACACACCAUUUGGAGAGCACAUGAGAACCCUAAAAGUACCUGGUAAAGAGAUGGUGUCCUGCUCCUGGGAAGGGGGUGGACUUCGCAUAGCCUUAGCUGUUGACAGCUUUAUCUACUUUGCUAACAUACGGCCAGACUACAAGUGGGGUUAUUGCUCUGAUACGGUUGUCUAUGCAUUCACCAAGCCAGAACGCUCUGAGCAUUGUUUAGUGUUUUGGGAUACCAAGAAUAAUGAGCGACAUAUCAAGUAUGUACGCAAUUUGAUUUCUGUUACUGCGUAUGGAGAUCACUGUGUGCUAGCUACCAAAGCUGAGGAGACCAUAGGAAAUGAAGCAGAUGAAUUGACCCAGUACGUCUUGGUCUUGUGCAAUUCUAUUGGUACACCUUUAGACUCCAAGUAUGUGGAUAUAGAACCGCAAUAUGUUACUUUAACUAAGACCCACAUUAUUGCCACAUCUAAGGAGGCCCUCUAUGUGUGGCAAUUUAAGACGCCAAAGACUGUAUCUGCAAUGUCUGUGAACCAGGCCGUGGGCCGAAAGAAGGACAACAGAGAGAAAGUCUACCACAUCGAUGAUACUCCAUCAGGUGCUGGUGAAGGCAUGUUGGACUUCAGUAAAGCUUUUGCUCCUACAAGUGAUCCCAUCUGUGCUGUAUGUGCAUCUGACAAAUUGCUGAUUAUAGGACGGGAGUCUGGAACCUUGAAUCGCUACUCAUUACCGCAUGUUGCCCUCGUCAACAAACACACAGUCUCGUGUCGACCUCAUGCCAUUGCUCUUAACUGCAAUUCGACUCGUCUGGCUAUCAUCGACAUCGCCGGUGUUCUCACAUUCUUUGACUUGGAUGCCAAGGGUGUGGACAGCGAUGGGCAAGAAACCCAAGGCCAGCAGUUGGAUUUUGAACGCAAGGAUGUGUGGGAUAUGCGUUGGGCAGAAGACAACUCAGAGCUGUUUGCCAUGAUGGAGAAGACCAGGAUGUACAUUUUCAGGAAUUUGGAUCCGGAGGAGCCGAUUCUUAGUUCUGGGUACAUCUGUCAUUUUGAAGACCUUCAAAUCCGAUCAGUUCUUCUGGAUGAGAUAAUGAAAGAUGCAGAACAUCCCAGUAAAGACAACCUCAUUGAUAUGGAUAUCAAGUCAUUACGCGACACAAGAGAUCUGCUGGAAAAGGUCGGCAUUGAAGAAGCAGCCCAGUUUAUUGAAGACAAUCCCCAUCCAAGGCUAUGGCGUCUUUUGGCAGAAGCUUCUCUUGAGACGCUUGAUUUGAAGACUGCUGAACAAGCGUUCGUCCGCUGCAAGGACUACCAAGGCAUAGAGUUGGUGAAACGACUUGGAAACCUACAGAGUGAGGUUAUGCGAAGUGCUGAGGUGGCUGCUUACUUCAAGCGCUUUGAAGAGGCUGAGAGGAUGUACCUGGACAUGGACAGAAGAGAUCUAGCUGUUAACCUUCGAGUGAAGCUUGGCGAUUGGUUCCGUGUAGUCCAGCUCCUGAAGAGUGGAGGUGGAGGGGAUGAUACCCAACUCGAGCUAGCCUGGAAUGCCAUUGGUGAUUACUUUGCAGACAGACAAAAAUGGCAACAGGCUGUUACGUACUAUGUACAGGGCAGGAAUCAAGAAAGGCUUGCAGAGUGCUACUAUAUGCUGGAGGACUUCAGUGGUCUUCAGAAGCUGGCUGAUGCUCUGCCUGAAAACCACAAACUGCUCCCUGAAAUUGCUGCAAUGUUUGUGACAGUUGGUAUGUGUGAAGAGGCUGUCACUGCAUAUCUAAAGUGCAAUAAAGUAAAGAAAGCAGUUGAUGUUUGUGUUGAGCUUAACCAAUGGGAUCAAGCGGUAGAGCUGGCUAAGAACCACAACAUCAAAGAAAUUGACAGCCUAUUGGCCAAGUACGCAGCCCAUUUGUUGGACAAGGACAAGAAACUACAAGCUAUUGAGCUGUAUCGCAAGGCUAAUCACUUCCUAGAAGCGGCUAAACUCAUGUUCCAGAUUGCUGAGGAGAAUGCCAAAAAGAAAGUGAAGCCUUUGAGAACUAAGAAGAUGUAUACACUGGCAGCUCUAUUGAUUGAAAACUACCAUGAAAAGAUGAAACUAUCAAGUCGUCUGAAAGCCAAAAAUCGCAAAGGAGCUGAUGCAAGCUCAGCCUUGGCUGGUUUACUUGAGGAAGAUGCAGUAGCGUCUGGCGAUACUAAGUUCAUUGAUAACGCUUGGCGUGGUGCCGAAGCUUACCAUUUCUUUCUACUAGCUCAAAGACAACUCUAUCAAGGUUAUGUUGAUGCCAGUAUGAAGACCGCAUUAUAUCUCUGUGAAUUUGAUGACAUCAUACCUGCAGCAGACAUCCACUCACUUCUAGGCCUAGCUGCCUGUGCAAAUAGGGCGUUUGGAACAUGCUCAAAGGCUUUUAUCAAGCUUGAAUCCCUGGAGAGUCUUACACAGGAACAAAGGCAGCAGUAUGAAGAACUAGCCCUGGAAAUUUUCACAAAACAUCCACCGAAGGACUCGCGCACUAACAAGGCGGAAUGUAACAGCUGUGGAAGCAUGAUUCCUGAUUGGUCCUCAGUUUGUCCAAGCUGCGACACUAAAUUUUCCAGAUGUAUAGUCACAGGGCGACCUAUAAUGGAUUACCAGAGUUGGUCAUGCGCAGCUUGUAAACACCGCGCAUAUGAUGAUGAGAUCAGAAAUUUCAGCACUUGUCCAUUGUGCCAUCUUGUUAUCUGAUAAGCGAAAGUGUUUAGUCUAAUUUGGUAUCUGUCUAUUUAUAAUGUCUUACGAAGAAGAUUUAAAAAUUUGUAAUAUAAUGUAAUGUAGUUAGAUUUACAUAGCACCGAAGUAUCAAAGCGGUCGAGACGUGGACUAGCUCAUACAGUAACUUACUUCUCCCUUAAGGUCACUUCAUAUCUGAGCUCUCCGGUAAACUUGUGCCCGCUACUCAUCUGUCCACAACAGGCACUGUAUGGACCUGUAUACUUGGGUGACCCUACUGAUCUUGAAAUAUAUACAAUAUUUUGUUAUUUUUAGUGCAUAUGUGUCAAUUAUUAUAAGAUUAUAGUCCUUAUCUAAGAAACUUGUUCUACCACGAGAACCAUAGGCGAGCGUGCCACUCGAACCAGCCCUGAUGAUAUGGGUGUAGAUUGUGGUGCUGCUGCACCGACCGCUCAGCCAUUCACCUGUAGCAAUAUAAUAUUAAGCAAACUUAAGAGAAACCUUUCUCACACAUGUAUCAGCUGACAAAUUCGUCCAAAUUCUGUGUUAUCAAUAAAAUAAAUUAUUAUUAGAUAAUACUAUUUUUAUACUUUUUAUUAAAAAUUUUAUUUUUGCAUUUAUAUAGUGCUCUUUAUCGGAUUCUCACAUCUCUAUUUGCCCAGAUCAUUGAAUUGAGAAUCAAUCAUACACAACAUUGUUAGUCAAAAAAGUGCUACAUACUCAUUUAGAUACACUGAUUAAUACAGCUAUAAUAGAGUUUUGAUUCAUACACAAAACUAAUUGAAAACUUUUUUCUUUACAAAAUCGCUUUAAUUGGGUUAAUCGUUCUGCGCGUUUGAUAAUGUUUUUUGAAUGGGCACGUUAUAAAUUUCUGCAUAUUAUUAUAUUAUUACAACAUGAAACCUCAUUCGCUCCAUGGGAGAGUAUUCCUAGUUUUGCGUGCAAUAAGCACUACUAAUUUCAUUCUGAAUAAUUUACUUCCUACCAGGUAUUCAUUUAUACUCAUUUAUUUAUUCAAUGCACAUUUACAAAAGCUACGAUACAACAGAUUUUGGUUAGGGGCAGCUUCAGCAAAAUUUUACUCUAACUGAUUGAAAGACAAAUGCAGAUAAAGUGUCAUGCCCAAAAACUCAAGCAGUGUGACAACCAUCGGUCUUGAAUUAUGCCGUCAUUUUGUGGACCUUAGCAACAAUAUGAUAUUUAAGGGGCGGGGCUUAGCAAAAAGUCCAUUGUUUUGAUCUGUGUUUAAUCAGUUUUUACAGACUGACUUCUUUGCUUUAUAAUGUACUUGGUUUUUUUUUAUUGAGCAAUUUAUUUUUUUUAAUUGGAUAUUUGAAGUGUUUCACCAGAUUUCACCAUGCAUGAGAUAUUUUUAAAAUAAAAUCUGUUAAAUGGCCAUAAAUGUAAAUAUAUUUAGUUGUUUCUAUCACUCCUAGAUUAUUGUAUGUAAGAUUGUAUAAAUAUUUUUAAAAUGAUGGCUUUAAAAUACCUUGAUACAAAAUAAAAUGUACAACCCAUUCCAUUGAUAAGUAAGUAAAUUUAAAUGUACAUGUAAAUAUUAUGAUUAAAAGCAGUGUUUAGAUAAUUGUGAUGGUUUUGAUGUAUUUUUUUUGCUGGUACUGUAUUCUUUUUUGUUGUAAAAAGCAACAUUGAAAAUUCCAUAUGAAAAUAUUUUUGCAUACUUUGAUUAAAAAUGUAUUUAUUGUUUAUAUUCGGCUUAA